AUGAAAUAAAUUUAAUCAAUUAAAACAAAGAAUAUUGAAACUCUAGUAAGUUUGCUUCUUUUAAUAAAUGGAAAAAGGUUGAAGAUUUACCUCCUCUGGUUGAUGAAAUUGAUUUUCUAGACGAUGAAAAUACUAAUAAACGUAAUAAAUUUGUAUAGAGAGAUACAAAUAUUUUAAUAUUUGUUGAUCUGAAACAAUUUGGAAUUUAAGAAUUAAAAGCAGAAAUUAUAGACAUGUCAUAAAUCAUUAUAGAAUUCAUUAAAACAAUAUGCUCAAAAUAUUUCUUAUAUAUAGAUUUCCAUAAUGUGUAAAUGAUGACUAAUGGAUGGUUAGUAGACUAUAAUAUGAGAUUCAACCAUUAUGAUAUUUCUAGCAAUUCAGUCUUUUAAUUCAUUAAAUUUUAUCCUAAAAUCUCUAAUGAAUAAUUUUAUAUAACAAUUCAUAUACAUGAUUAUCUUCUAAAGAGAUAGUAUGAUAGUUAUGUUCAUAGCUCAAUGAAAGUUAGUGAGGUUAUGGAAUAAUUAUUUGAUUAUUUAUUGGUAGAUAAAAGGUGUAGAGAUUUUAUGGUAGAUGUAAUUUUUGAAGGGAAAAUGUUAAAAGAUGAAAGCUUGCUAUAUGAAUAUAACAUAAAAAAUAACAGUCGAUUGGAUGUUUAAAUCAGACGAUUAGGUGGUUGUUUUCCUGGUAAUGCACCAAUAAAACUUUUUAAUGGAACAACUAAAAUAAUAAAAGAUAUUGAAGUAGGUGAUAUUGUUUAAUGUUAUGAUUUUGAAUAAUAAUAAUUCAAAUAGUCAAUUGUUGUGGUAAAGCAAACAUCAACUGAAAAAUAAUUAUUAAUAGAGAUUAUUACUCAGAAUGGUAGAAUUGUUUGUACUCCAAAUCACCCUGUUUACACUUAAAAUGGAUGGAAAGCAUUUUAACCACAUCCAAAUUUAUCUAUUGAAAAGUUAAGUAUUAAUGAUCUUCUAUUUGAUUCAAAUGGAAAGUUUGUUAAUAUUGUUUAAAUUAAUUUUAUAAAAGAAGCUGAGACUGUUUAUAACAUUACAACCAAAUAUCCAAAUAAUUUUAUUGCUUUUGACUUUUUUGUUCACAAUAUGAAUAUUUUAUAAGUUGAAAUUAAUGGCUAAAUAGUAUAAAUGGAAAUAGAAAUAUCUUGUUUAAUUUCAGAAAUAAAAGAUGCUUUUAACCAAUUGUUAAAAAUACCUGUUUAAAAUUUAUAGUUAUAUUAUAAAGGAAUAUUAAUGAAAGAUAAAUUUUCAUUAGAAGAUUAUCAUGUACAAUUUAAUGGAAAAGGUGGUGAGGAUGACCCAUUGAUAUUAAAAGUCAUAAAAUAAUCUGAAGGAGAUCAAUAAGAAAUUUAUCAAAAUAAUAAUUUUGAAAAUAUUUUUAAAAUAAAAUUAAUCAAAAAGGGAAUUCAAUAAAUAGAUGGCUUUUGUGAUGAUAAAAUUAUUUCAAUAACAUCAAAGAAGUUAAACUAUAAAUUAAAUAUUAAAAAGAAUCAAAAAAUAAAUAUAAGAUAAUUAUUAGGAACUUUUGAAUCUAAAGAAGAUAUUGAAAGAUCUUUAAUAUUGUGUGAUGGAGCAGUUAUAAAUUCUUCAAGUUUAGAUUAUGAUAUCUAAGAAUUAGAUGCUUAAAGUAUUAUCUUAAUUGAUCAAUAAUAAUUUGGAGGAAUUGCAAUAAAAUUCACUUUAGAGAUAAAUGAUCAAUAAGUUGAAAAUAUAUCUUAACUUAAAGAUUCUUUGUAAUGGUUGUGUAAUUCUGAAAUUAAUGAAUUUAUAUAGGAAAGUUUGGAAGAAAUAAAUGCAAAUUAAUAAAGGAAAUAAUAUUAUUAAAAAAUCCCUCUUCAUUGUAUUAUAGCACUUAGAUUAAAUACAAGCAAUUUAAUAUAUAGAGAGUUAAAUAAUGAUUUAAGAACAUCAGAUUAUCAAAAUUGGAAGAAAUAUUUAAAAUGUUUAAUGGAAGGACUUCGAUAUAUGUAAUUUUACAGAGGAGUUGCAUAUCGUGGAAUUAAGAAUUAUUAAAAUACUUAAGAAUAUUAAAAAGGAAAGACUAUAUAAUGGAGUGGAGUUAGUAGUAUUUCAUUAAAUUAUUAAAUUGCUGAAAAUUUCAGUAAUAAUAAAGGAAUGAUUUUUUAAGUUGAUUUUAUUAGUGCCAAAAACAUAGAAAAUAUUUCAAUUUUUGAAAGAGAAUAAGAAUUAAUAAUGUAUCCCUUUUCUGCUUUUGUUAUUAAUGAAGUUCAAGAUAAUCUAAAUAAACCUAUUUUUGUAACAAUGACAGAAUUACCUUUACCUAGAUCAUACUAGGUGUUAUUAUGGGUUGAUGAUAAUCCUCAAAAAAAUUAUAAAUUUGCGGAAGACUUAGAAAUUUUAAAUAGUAAAAUUUCUGUUAUAUUCUGUACUACAACAAAAGAUGCAAUUCGCAUUAUCAAAAAAUAUAGAUGGAUGAUAUAUUUAACAUCAUCUUAGUUUAGAGUAGUAAGUAACCUUGCAAGAAUAGAAGAGGGUAAGAUGAACUAUAAUGCAGGUAUUGAAUUAUUAUGUCAUUUAUAUUAAUAAAUGAAAUACAAAAAUUAGAGUCUAAUUUUUUCUGAUGAUUUCUAAAGAGUUAAGGAAGAGCUUAACAAACUAAAAUUUUAAGGAAAUUUCGAAAUUACAAACGAUGUACAAGUUUUGUUUAAGUUUCUCAAAUUUGAAUGA